UGGGAAAAACAUGGGUAGGGAUUCACCUCCAAGUACAUCUUCAGAGAAGGUGGACUAUGUAGAGGGUUCUCCAGAUCGAGUGUCAAACAGAAGUUUUAUUGAUAUUCUUGUGCAGACUUAUGCUGAGCUUAUUUUGUUUAACAUGACGCCCAACAUAAUGGUAGAAUUGUACUACUUGAUGCAACUUUUAACUAUAAGGACUGUAGUUAAAUCAGAGGACUCAGACAGGCAACGAAGGGAGACUUGCUACCUCAGUACAAUCCACAAUUGUAUAUAUUUUUCCACCAAUGUGCUUCUGACUGUUGUAGAACUUCUGAAACUGUUGGAUAAAGCCACCAUAAGAUUUUUAUCAGAAAAUCCCAGGGUAAAGACAUUUUCGCCAGAUCUCCAGAGGUGCUUAACAGAGUUUUUGGAAUCGCCUCCUCCAGCACCUUUGCUCAACCAGGCACCGAAGUCUCCUAUAGGCAGUGUAUCUUUCCAGUCAGACACAGAUAAUCGCAAUAACUUUCCAACUGAUCAAGCUUUCCACAUCUUUCGCAAGCAGCGGGACAUGUUUUAUGAGAUGAUCCGCAUUUGGGAGGAGAACCGUCUCAUGUCAGGCUGGUCAUAUGGGCAGGCACUCGGGCCCAAGAUCAAGCAGGUACUCAACCUGCGUCCAGACCCCAUCAAUUUCGCCCACUUUUCCCGGCUCUUCCAAUCCCAGCUCCUGACCAUGUGUCGUGGCGAUGAUGAUCAGCACAUAUCCAAUGAGGACGCUGAUGGCUUAGGCUUUCUGACCCUCCUGAAGAAGCAACAGCCCGAAAAGUAUAAGCGGUUGUAUGAGCGUCUGGUCACACCCUCCAGGCUUGGGGGUCCUUGUCCCACUCCGUCCUUCCCUGGAUCUCAGGAAUUCUUCAGGGACUUCAUCCUGACUGCCUCCAACCUCACUUUCAACCAGCACCUGAAGGAUGCUCUCAUUUCCCGCAUCCUUGACCUCAAUGAUCAGGAGUUCGUCAUCUUGGAGCCUGAAGGUGGAGAUCCAAUUGACAACAUGGUACGAGAGGAAGCACGUUCUGUUGUCCUCAACCUGCGUCUGCUCGCAAAGUUCUUGGGUUUCUUGGAGUUUUUGCCUUACCAGACUUCAGAGCAUCUACCCGAGAAUGUCAUGGCAACCCAGAUAUCCCUACGUGCUAAGGUGUAUCCCCCUAUUAACAUCAAUGCUGCCCUGCGUCAGUGUGCCUCCUCCGGGCGGCUGGUGGUUGGCGUGACGUGGGUGGUGGAGUUCCUAAGCCUGGUGGACCCUGUAGCACUCCAUUCCCAGCACUACCUCACUGUUGUCAUGACCCUCAUUGCCAUAUUCAGAUUGCUCUAUAUUGGGAGACUCCAAAACUCCUCAGGUUGCACUACUUGCUGUGCCCAAGCAGGAAGGAAAACACUGUCUCCCUCAAACAGCCUCCUUCUGAAGCUCCAUCUCGGAUGGCUUUUCGACCUGCCCAAUUUUCCUGCUGGCCUCUUUUUCACGGAUGUGAGCGAGGCAGAUAUCGACCGCAAUGAGUACAGCCAGAACAUUGAGGUCAUCAAUAACAACUACUGCCGUUUUUGCAUACCCUGCCUGAGAUUGAUGCUGAUACCCAAUGCUAGUCGGAAUAACAGCUCUCUGGACGGGAUGGAUUUGGCAGAUGAGAUGGAGAGAUUGGGCAUCAUGGAUGUCUCCCCCUCCAAGAGGUUCACUCCCAAGAAGGGCCUAAGCAGUGCUUUGGCAAAGACACCUUCCAAGGACAUGUGUAGGGGCCUCUCCAUAUCACCAACGAAGACCCCAUCGAAGUUCAUGACAGUUACUAUGCUAGAGAGUCCUAUGACAACACCUCUAAAACCUAAUGAGAAUGAAAAUGUCGCAGAGCAGACGGUGUACCUAGACAUGUCAGAUUUUGUGGAUCAGCAGAUGGUCACCAUCUGCUGUCCCUUCAUCUGUGAGCUGAAGCAUCUCCUCAGUGAAUUCUGGCUUGGUGUAAGUUCCAAGAAGAGCACCAACAGCUACCGCAAAAUCACCCCCCUCUCUACUUCGGACAAAACCUCACCUGCCCAGACGCAGAAGCAGUUGCAGUUGCAGUUGGAGGAUAAUUUCUUCCAUAAUAACCCAUCAUCUGUCAGGAAAACGACGGAGUUUGUUAUUGAACGCGUUUCUUCAAAUGUCAUUAAGAAGAUUCGAACCAAGAUUAUUCCCGAGCAGAGGGAAGCAGCCCUUGAAAAGUUAAAGUCCACAAUUGAUGAGCAGAUGAAGAAUUCGCCCCAAGCAGUAGAGAGAACAAGAGACUUGGUGCAAAAACAGGUGAUGGACCUGAGUCAAGAGCUUGCUCAACACAUCCGGGCACAGUGCACUCAAGUUACCCACCAAGAGUGCCAGGGCCAGGUCUUGUCUUCGCUGACCUUCCUGAUGCCUCCGGACAUGACUCCACAGGCAUUAGAUGUGUGCAGGAAAAUUGUAAGCCGUAGCUGUCAGGAGAAGGUGAUAGCAUGGGUUCAGUCGCAUUUGACACCUGUGCUCUUUUCCAAGGACCUCUCAGCCGACGGUGAUCGCCUCCUUCGCCAGGCACAGAAGGCUGCUGAUUUUCAGGCUGCAGCCUUGCAGAAUUCCCUCAAUGACACAUCACUCUCCAACUUGGACACAUCAGAGGCCUCGGCAACUAUGGGAACAGAGAGCAGCUUUACCGGCAACCAGUCGGGUCUUUCUCUCACAGAUCAUCCCCUUAAUUCUCCAACAAACCAUCCACACAAGUUAUGCCCAUUGCCGAAGAAACCAACGAAUCCCACAGAAACUCUUCCAAUAACUGCCUCUGAACACAAUGAGUCGCUACCCUCACCAUCAAAGAUAAUUAUGGAUAUUAAGGAAAUGGUCAGAAUAACAGUCUUAAGGAACACAUCAGCAGAUUCUGAGAGUAAGCCGAGUGAGGUGGAUGUCUGCUGCCUGCUGGGAAAUAUCCGGGCGAUCCUGACUGGACGGCAGGACGUCAACCUGACUGUCUUCAGGGUGCUAGAGAGCUUGACUGUGGACUUGGCUGUCUCUUUAGCAAUCUGCCAGCCAGAUGUGAUGACCCCCAAGGUACAGGAAACCUUCAUAGCACUCUGGCAGCCAUUGGAUAAGAAUGGAGUCAUCCCGUCCCCAUGUGGCCUUGCUUCCCCAAUGAAUCCUCGCACAGUCAUGCUCAUUGCCCAGAGUCCGAGCACCAGCCACCAGAAGGCAUCAUGGUCCAAGCUGGAAAGUUUCCUCACUGCACUUCUGAUGAACAAGCUUCUAACACCCACAAGUCUGCAAGAGCAGUGUAUAGCCCUCUUGAGACACUCUUGGCCCCAGGAAAUACUGACUGGAAUGUCUUCGUGUAUCGAGGCUGUAGCGAAGGAAGCCCAGAAGAACAAGGACCUCUGUGGCAACCCGACAUUGGUGCAGCUGCUAGAGUGGGUUGGCUGGGUGUGCGGCCAAAUGGAAGAAUUCCCCGAUGUGUUAUAGCAGACUUUCAUGAAGAGAGGACUGUCUCCCCUCUUUGGGCAGGUACAAGGUUGAGGUUUUAGGUCGCAGUUUGGUUUGAGUGGACAUGAAUACAGGGAUACUCAUAUAUAGGAUAUUUUAAUGCUCAGCCCACCUUACUUUGCAUCUUUUUUCCCCUUUUCUUUCUAUGAAUACACUAUAGGCAUUUUCAUU